ACAGGAAGUAUGCUGUUUGAACCUUGUUCUACAGCCUGAAGUAGAACAGAGUGUUGUUUUACACAGCAAGAUACCAUGGCUAAACAGCUGCUCCUCAUUGUGAUUAUCACUUCUCUAACAUGUCUCCUGAAGACAGAAGGAAAUGUAUUCUUACAAGAUAAAAUGGCAAACAAGUUUUUGCAGAGAACAAAACGAGCCAAUCAAUUUCUGGAAGAGAUUAAGCAAGGAAAUAUUGAAAGAGAGUGUUAUGAGGAGAAAUGCACAAAAGAAGAAGCAAGAGAAGCCUUUGAAGACCAAGAGAAAACUGAGGAAUUCUGGAAUAAAUAUGAUGGGGACCAGUGUGCAUCAAACCCUUGCCGUUACGGUGGGAAAUGCAAAGAUGGCAUUGCUUCAUAUACCUGCUCCUGUUUGGACGACUAUCAUGGGCUCAAUUGUGAAUAUAUCAAACUAAAAUAUUGCAAAAUGAACAAUGGUGAUUGUCAGCACUUCUGCAAAACUGUAGAAAGUAAUGUCAUAUGCUCUUGCGCCAAUGGCUAUUCUCUGGCGGAAGAUGGAAAAUCCUGCGUUCCCACAGUGAAUUUUCCAUGUGGUCAAAUUCAAAUUAAAAAGGCAAAGAGGGAAGCCAGAUCACUUGGAUCACAAGAUGUUAUCGAUAAUUCCACCAACUAUGAUGAUGAUGCAUUAUACGAAGACGUGUAUUUUGGUGGUUUUGGGAAUUCCACUAUUCCUCCUAGUCUACCAGAUGAAACAUCCUUUGGCGGGAGAAAGGACAGCUCUAUUGUAGAUGGUGGUUCUGAGGAAGGCAGAAUAGUUAAUGGAUCUGCUUGUUUGCUGGGUCAAUGUCCAUGGCAGGCUCUUCUUGUAAAUGAGGAAGGAGAAGGUUUUUGUGGGGGAACAAUUCUGAACAGACGUUUUGUCCUUACUGCAGCUCAUUGUAUGAAUCAAGGAAAAACAAUGAAAGUUCUUGUUGGGGCAGUGGACUUAAGGUCAGAAGAAGGAAGAGGGAUGCUUCACACUGUGGAUAAGAUAAUUGCACAUCCCAGAUUUGUACUACAGACCUAUGACUUUGAUAUAGCCCUCCUUCGGCUCAGGGAACCUAUCCAGUUUUCUGCGAGUGUUAUCUCUGCGUGCCUUCCCACACCAGACUUCGCAAAUGAUAUCCUAAUGACUCAAAGUAGAGGCACUAUUAGUGGUUUCGGGCGCACUCAGAACAGAGGUCAGAUAUCCUCCACACUUCAAGUAAUUAAUCUGCCCUAUGUUGAUAGGAACACCUGUAAGAAAUCAACCAACUUUGUAAUCACAGAAAAUAUGUUCUGUGCUGGCCACGAGUCUUCAUUUCAAGAUGCAUGCCAAGGAGACAGUGGAGGCCCUCAUGUCACUGAAUACAAGGGCACUUACUUUGUUACUGGUAUAGUCAGCUGGGGAGAAGGAUGUGCAAAGGAAGGAAAAUAUGGCGUUUAUACAAAGGUGUCCAAGUUCAUAGGCUGGUUAAAGAGCUCAAUGGCUCGAAAGCCACAACGCAUAGGUACAUGAACAGAAUUACUCUUAUCUGACUAUCACAUCAUAACAUACUUCACAAAAGCACUUCAUCAGUAAAUAAAAUAAAUAAUUCUGUGUAGAACA